AUGGUUCAACAAAUGCAUAUGAUGGAAAUGGAGAACCAACAAUUGAAAGACAUGAUGUCUAAUGUCUCAACGGAGAACCAGAGUUUGAAAGCCAUGAUGUCUAACAUCUUGAUGGAGAACGAGCAAUUGAAAGACAAGGUCUCCACCAUUGAAGCCACGCUCACCGCAAUUCUAAACAGAUGGCUCGUCUCAUUAGAAGGUUAUGCCAGCUCAUCAGGUGAUCCCUCUACAUCUACCGUUCCUGAACCUAGACCGUCUAAUGAUCCUGUCGUCGCUUCCACUUUGCCUAAGUCCACUGAUUUGGAUGUUCGUCAUUCUAGUCGACAAGCUAUGCCUGAAGAACUUGACGCACUUCACAAAACUCAUACUUGGGACCUAGUUGACCUGCCUCCUAGUAAGACUGUAGUUAGGAACAAAUGGGUGUAUAAACGGAAAACAAACUCUGAUGGUUAUGAAGUAAGACAUAAAGCUCGUUUAGUGGAAAAGGGUUUUACUCAGGAAUAUGGCAUUGAUUAUGAGGAGACAUUUUCCCCUGUUGCUCGUAUUACCUCCAUUCGCUCCCUUUUGGCUGUUGCCUCUGCUCGAAGAUGGCCUUUAUUUCAGAUGGUUGUCAAGAAUGCCUUCUUACAUGGUGAUUUGGCUGAGGAGUUAUAUAUGCAGCCCCCUCCUGGGAAUCCUCAUUCUUCUGGUCAGAAGUUUGAGAUGAAAGACCUCGGUUCUCUUUGCUACUUCCUUGGCUUAGAAGUGUCCCCUACCUUUGAUGGCUACUCCUUGACCCAAGCCAAAUAUGCCUCUGAUCUUCUCACACAUGCUGGUUUCACCGAUUGUAAGAUAACUGAUAGUUCAUUGGAGCCCAACGUCAAAUUCCAUCCUACUGAUGGGGAGCUCCUUCUUGAUGCCACUCGUUACUGA